AUGAUCCAACAGCCUCGUGUUCCUUCAUCGGGGUUGAUGCCUGCUAGUGAUGUUGUUAUCUGUGCCAAAGAGAUUCUUUGGCGGAUUCUUUGGCAAGGUCAGGAAAAGAUAAUGGCAGAUGUUAUGCCCCCAGAGGAUUGGGACAAAUCAGCUGGCAUUAAAGUUAUCGAAAGGUUGUUCAAGACAUACCCUAGAUACAAUGACAUGCAUCUCGCCCAUGCACAACAGCGCUCACUGCUUCAUCUCAUGUUACCUGAUGUUGAAGGAUGCAAAGAGAACAAAUGUGAGCUUACUAGAACACCACAUGGAAGACGGUUCAUAAGUGAGGAGCUGAAUUCUUUUCUUGAUUUUUUGUUUGAGCUUAUUGUUGCUCGAGGACCAUCCGCUGGGUUUGAUGUGUCUUUGAAUGGAUUUGACCUGUUUCAUGGUCAUGUUUUCAUUGCUGCUGAAACAAGACGACUCGGUAUAUUGUUCCAUGACAGAGAAUACCCAGCAUAUGAUAAAGAAAUAUUUCCAUACAACAUGGGAUAUUGUCAAACAGGUUCUACUGUCGCUUAUGAUUCUAUGAAUUUGCGAAACAUUCUCUGGCUGGCUCCUUUGCCAAGCAGUUCCAUUAAAGCUUGGGCGGCACCAGGAACCCUCGUUGUGCUGGAUGCCCGUCCUGAUGGAAUCAUAUACACAGAUCUUAUACCUGAAUAUGUAAAUUUUGCGAGGACCAUAUAUGAAGAUGACUUAGGCCAUGUUGUGGUUGAUGUAAACUACUUGAAUGUUGGAAUACAGUUCCUAACUAUCAGAUUUUCAUAUGCUGAAAACUGAAGUCCUGCUUAAGUGGCAGAUACUGCGAGGAGCCCCCAAAAUGUGAUUAUCAACAAAUGCUUGAGAUUCUUGCAGACAUCAACACUCAUGAAUCCCUAAACACGGUGGCCAAUGCUCAAAGUUUCUGACGCUGACAUGGAAAUCAAAUCUAGAUGCAAUCUUAUAUCAAUUACCAGCUUAGUGGCGGGGUUUUACACAUCUAAAACUGUACAUGUUCAUUUAUUAGCUAUAGACUCGAAAGCCAUGAUGGCUAUGCUCACAGCUCAAAUUCUAUUUCAACUCGACCCUCUGAUGACUAGGAUGCACGAAGACAAACUUCUACAUUGGUUUUACAUGAAUGUGAUAGAAACUUCUUCCAAGUACUUAUUGCAGAUAAAUUUUGCUA